UUUAGUUUACAGAAGUUGAUGACAGGACCUCUCCUCGAGUCCCCCGCGGUGGUGGAGAGGGUGUCUCCUCUCAGUGGAGGAGAGUGGACCUCUCCUGCACCUGUCCCCUCAGUGGCGUUGCAAAGCCAGAAACCGGAAGUUGGAAACCGGAACUCGGCUUCACAAUGAGGCUUGGAGCGCAGGUGCAGCUGCUCCAUCCAUCAUCUGUGCUCGCCGCACAGAAAUUUCUCCUCCUUUGGCGAGCGGCUUUUACAAGCCCUGAUGUAAGACAUACA